CACACUGCACACUGCACUCACCGCACGCAUACACACGCAGUGAAUACACGCAUGCUGCAUGCACACGCACUGCACACACUCACUGCACGCACGCACACUGAACACACCACCACACACUGACACACGCACUGCACGCACACUGCAUACACUGCACACUGCACGCACACAGUGACAGACGCACUGCACGCGCACACUGCGCACGCGCACACUGCACGCACACUGCAUACACUGCGCUCUGCGCACUGCACUCACCGCAUGCAUACACAUGCAGUGAAUACACGCAUGCUGCAUGCACACGCACUGCACACACUCACUGCACGCACGCACGCACACUGAACACACUGCGCACACACUGCACGCACACACUGCAUAUACGCACACUGCACACACACUGCAUACACCGUGCACUGCACUCACCGCACGCAUACACACGCAGUGAAUACACGCAUGCUGCAUGCACACGCACUGCACACACUCACUGCACGCACAUACUGCAUAUACGCACACUGCGCACACACUGCAUACACUGUGCACUGCACUCACCGCAUGCAUAUGCACGCAGUGAAUACACACAUGCUGCAUGCACAUGCACUGCACACACUCACUGCAGGCACGCACACUGAACACACCACACACACACUGACACACGCACUGCGUGCACACUGCAUACACUGCACACUGCACGCACACACUGACGCACACACUGCACACACACUGCAUAGACGCACACUGUGCACACACUGCAUACACUGCACACUGCACUCACCGCACGCAUACGCACGCAGUGAAUACACACAUGCUGCAUGCACACGCACUGCACACACUCACUGCACGCACGCACGCACACUGAACACACCGCGCACACACUGCACACUCACUGCACGCACACACUGCAUAUACGCACACUGCUCAUGCACGCGUGCACACUCUGCGGGCGCACACUGCACACUGCCAUGCACCGCACACUCACUCCACACCCACACUGUGCUCACGGCAUGCUAUGCGCACUGCCCACUGACACACGGCAGGUGGACACUGCUCACGGACCCCUGGACACUGCACACUGAUUGCAGGAAUACGGCGCACUGUAUGGGCACUGCACGUGUGUACUUCACACGCACUGCACAGAGAUGCGCUACACUGCGUGUACCCACGGCCCGCUCACUGCUCACUCACUGCACAGGGACCCACGGCGCCCUCCCUGUGCACACGACACAGCCGUCACCCGGCACCUGGACGCAGCCAAGCCCCCGCACGCCCGCCCACACCCCCACGGCACAAUCACUGCGCCCGCACGAGGGCCCUCGGGGGGGGGGGCUGCCGCAGCGGGCCGGCUCCAAGCCCUGCCACGCAGGUCUGACGCGCGCCGGCCGGCGGGGGGGAGGGGACCCACGGGGUACGUGUCCCAGCCCGGCUCACCCUGGUGUUCCUGAUCUCUGGCACCCCGACACCCUGCGCGGGCGGGGGGCGGGGGGCGGGGGGAGGUUGUCACCCGCCCAACCCCCCUGAGCCCGGCCGGCGGCCCCGGCUGGGGGGUUUCUGGCCACUUAUAAAAGACAUUUUUUUAGUGUU